UCCUCACAUUAAUGAAGCACACGCCGUAUAUUCUCGAACAAUCGCCCCACACCAACCAAGCCUAUAUAAGCAUUCGAAACAACUCCGCAACCGGCAUAAGAUAUUUCGAAAGCGCGCUACCGAUAAGGAAAUCAAAACAAACGACAUGAUCAAAUACGUCGUGCUCAUAUUUGGAGUUAUCAGUGUUGCGUCCAGUAAUGAACUAAGGAGACACAGGUUCAGAGACUCGCUUGAGGAACUGGACCGUUACAUCAGUCACGCACUUUCCCAUCACUAUUUGUGGCCGUGGAGUCAGAUUGUUAGAACAGCAGCCGCGAUUGAUUCUGAAGUGAACUUCGAAGGCUCAAGAAUAAUAUCGAACGAUAAAAAGUUUGAAAUAAACCUGAACGUCAAGAGAUUCAAACCGGACGAGUUAAACGUGACGGUAAACAAACAUAACAUUGUGGUGAAAGGGAAUCAUAAAGUAAGCGAUGAUGAAGGACAGAUAUUCAUAAAGAAUCGUAUGUUCCAACGAUUCGAUUUACCUUUGGAAUGUAAACCUGAAGAGGUCAAAGCGGUUUUGAAUGAAAACGGCAUCCUGAGUAUUUGGGCACCGAAACAUAAAUUGCCUCCACCACCGCCCGAAAGACAAGUACCUAUUGAAGUUAGGUUACCAGUAGAGAAAACAGAAAACCCGGUGGACAUAAUAGAAGAAGUUUCAACCGAAAAAUAUGAAGCGGAGUUGGUAAAAAAUAAAACUAACAAGAAGAAGGAAACGUUGCUAGAAAAGGUGGAUCCGGCCAAACUAUCAACCGAGUCGCCGAUUUGGCAACAAGAAGACACAACGACCCACAUUGGGAAGAUAAGGAAGAAGGAAUUAAAAACAACAACAAAAACAGUGAAAGAGAACGAAGUGACAAAGGGCGGGGAAGGCAAUGGAUUGGAUUAUUUGCUCGUAGACGGAGAAGUUGAAGAGUGAAGAAUGAAGAUUGAAAAUGUGUCAAAGACUGAAUGAAGCUUUAAGUUUCGAGUGAAAAAUAUGGUAGAAAUCUGUCUAGAGGGUUAUCAGCCAAAAAAAGAUAGCGUGCUGAUUCCAGUGAUUUAUUAAAGUUGUUUGUUUAAUAAAUAAAGAUAUUAUUUAUUGUAAGUAA